AUGUUGCCGCCCUUGUCCGACAAUCUGGGCUCAAAAAAGCUUCAGUUGCUUAUGCCAGUCGUGGUUGUGCCUUCAGCCCUAUCGGCUUGGCAAAGCGCAAUGCUAGAGCUGAAGAAAGUGAACGCCAUUCAAGUUCGGUGUGCAGGAAAGAAAGAUAUGUUUGUCGUCGAGGUGUUUCCUGCGCGCUCAGAUUCAACCCUUGCAAAUUAUGAAGCUAUAGCCAAUAGUCUUCAGCUACAAAGACCAACCGUAAGGAUUGAAAGAACACUGUUGGAAUUUGUUCAACUUCGUGACAGAAUUUACGAAAUCGCGCAUGAGGCUCAUCGUGGUAAGCCCUGCGACUUGUGUGCGGACUGCCUUGAGUUGAUCGUGUUUGGAGCAAACCCUGAUGGAUUUAUAGUUGGCCUGCUUGGCGGCAAGCGGCUGAAGCGUAGCGUAAUGAAGUUCAUUGUUGGGCUCUUGAGGGUUACCGUUCAUCGAAUCUGUACCAGUACACGAGGAUGCUGCUCCGGGCACACUCUCAUCCCACAAGCCGUGCACGCAUUUCUCUUUAUCUCCACAAACCAUGAUGUAUAG